AUGGCGGAUGCUGAUCUUUCUGCUCGACAACAAGCUGAAGGACAUAAAACUCUAUUACUCUUAGAAACUGAAUUCAAUGCCAAACCUCGAACAACAGUACUGAGCAUCCAAGGUACCCAAAUCCGUGCUCUUGCUCAGUUUCCUUCGUUAUUCCAAACAUAUCCUUAUCCUAUGAUUCUCAAUGCUGCCAUUCUCAAAUUAGCUGACUGGUUUCACCAUGGAAACAACGUUGUUAGAAUGCAUAUUUAUAAAGUAUUGGAAGGCGUAUCUAAGGACCAUUUCACCAAAAUCAUCAAUGUGGACGAAACUAUGCGACGGAUCAUACCAGUACUAGGUAGCAAUGACCCUACUGCUCGUGCUCUCACUUUACGUGUUCUUGGUUGUAUGGCGAUCAUCUUCAAGGAUAGUUUGGAUGUGCAACAUGGACUUUUACAAGGCAUACAGAAAUCAACUGAUCGUUUUGAAACGGAAGCUGCUGUAUGGGCUUGUGAUCAAUUCUGUGCUCGUUCUACGACAUUCCUCUCCGUUAUGUUUAUCAGAAUUCAAUCGAAACUUGCAGAUCCAACAACUUCCUUUGAUAUCCAACUCAAAUUGAUCAAAAUAUUACGACAUAUGCACAGUGAUAUCGUCAUGUCAAGACAGGCCAAACAAUUAUGCUUGAAAUUAUUGGAACAACAAAACUCAAAUGAACGACUUGUUAUAGUGGUAUUACGAACAUUGACCAAAUUACUUUCAGUGGCUCUCAUUGAUCAACAAGAGCAGGUAGUUAUAUAA